AUGUCGACCUUCACAUCUCUCACUGCCCUAAAGCCAUUCAAAACCCAAUGGAAGAUCCGUGUCAAGAUACUGAAGUUGUGGAAACAGUAUUUGAAUGGGAUCGAGACGAUGGAGAUGGUCGUUGUCGAUGAACUGAAUCAAACUAUGCAUGUUAGUAUAAAGAAGCAGUUCAUCAAAAAAAUUGAAAAUCUUCUAGAGGAAGGAACUACUAAGAUCAUCACUAAUUUUCAAGUCACUCACAACGGUGGUAAGUUCAGGACUACCUCUCAUGUUUACAAGAUCCAGUUUGCUGCCACAACGUCUGUUAGACCUUCUGAAGAUCUGGAUGCCACAAUUCUUGGGUUGAAGUUAGUGAACUUUGAUGAUAUUCACGAUGGCAAGUUGAAUCCUGAUUUUCUAAUAGAUAUUGUUGGACAAAUUGUUAGUAUUGGUGAGGUUGAGAUUCUCAACGUUAACAAAAAACAGACCAAACGUCUAACAAUGACACUUCGUGACACAAGGAAUUGUACUCUUAACUGUGUUGCACAUGAUGACUUGGCUUACGAGAUAGAAGAGAAAUGCAAAGAUCCUGUAGGGAAGAGUCCAUUUGCUAUUUGUGUCUUAACUGAUUGGUUGGUUAAGAAAAACAUUGGUGCGUUUGUAUGA